CACAACAUCAUAUUCAUGAGAAGGACAGUAAAACAGUAAUGGAAUGUUAUAUAUCUAUUAGAUGAGAUUUAUAGUCAGUUCAGCACUUGCUAUGGGCCACAUUGCACAAGACUCUGCAGCACAAAGAGGAACAUCAUGAGUCGGUCGCUACAGUGUCACUGUCUGUCGGUUCUUAAGCCACAGCCUCUCCUUCCUGCACUCACUUCUAUUUCUGUCAGAGGAGUCACAGCUCCACUCAGUGCAGCCAACCCUAUGGAGGAAACAAACCCACCUGUUAGGGGAGGCUUGUGUCGGUCAGUCCCUGUGACCCCCAUUGUACUGAUUGUCCUGCUGUCCUGCUGCCUCGUCCUGCAGUCUGUGACUCUGUUCCUCCGACUGACAUGUGCAACUACAAAUGAUUCAGGGUCAGGUGGAGCAGGUACUGCGGGUCCCUGCCCCAGGCACUGGAUAUUGAUGCACAAUAAAUGCUAUUUCUUCUCUGAAGUCACAAAGAGUCGUCAGGAGAGUGAAAGUAACUGCACCUCUAUGGGCUCCAUCCUGGCGCAGGUGCAAAAGGGAAAGGAAUCUCUGCAGAGAUUAAUAAGGAUCACGGAGCAGCAAUUCUGGGUUGGAAUAAAACACACCGGAUCCCAUCAUAGUACAGGAAUAUGGAAGGGCCAUUGGGCCGACGGCAGUGAAGAAACUGUCACUGGUGGAAUUGGUACCUGUGCCAAGAUGGGGAGCACCCUGAACCAGGAGAGUUGUUACACCCCUCUGCGCUGGAUCUGUGAGAGACACGCCCCCUGAGUAGGAGGAGCCACACACUUAUCUCUUGGUCACUGUGCUGGGAGUCUGGGCCAAAGAACUGACAUAUUAAUCCUAUAUGGGGGGGAUACAGGACUAAGGUGUGAGCUCACGUGUGACACAUUUUGAGACCAAUGCACAUAACAAAUUGUGGUUCUUACAAAGAAAUUUAUGUAAAACAAUAAAGUUUUAUUUCAAUUCUAAA